CACAAAGAAGAUUCAUUUCGAAGUGUUUCUUCCCUCAAGGACGGCUGGAUGUUUGUUUUUUUAUUGACUAUAGAUUAUAAGUCCAUGAUGUCCCCAUACUAAGGGGCAUGGCAGGAGGAAUCGUGCUGAGAGGGAUAGCCCACGCAGCUCCAAGAAACCUUUCCUUCACCUGCUCAUCGACCGAACUGAGGCGGAUACUUCUUUCUGGUCCUGUGGACCAGCUGGCCAGAUCCCCAACUACAAGUGUAUCAGCUAGUGUACCAGCUACUAGUGUACCAGCUACAAGUGUACCAGCUAGUGUACCAGCUACAAGUGUACCAGCUAGUGUACCAGCUAGUGUCCUAGCUAGAAGGACACCGGCUACAAGUAUACCAGCUGCUAGUGUCCUAGUUAGAUGUGUACUAGCAAGAAGUGUACUAGCAAGAAGUGUACCACUAACAAGUGUCCUAGCUAGUGCCCUAGCUAGGAGUGUACCAGUUAGAAGGCUCCACUUGGACACCUCACAUUGUGCGGGACAUAACAAGUGGUCCAAGGUGAAACACAUCAAAGGACCGAGGGAUGAAGCCCGUGGCAAAAUGUUUAUGAAGUAUGGCAUGAUGAUCAGAAUAGCAGUGAAAGAGGGGGGGCCCAACCCGGACUUUAACGCCACUUUAGCCCAAAUAUUGGAGCAGUGUCGGGGUCACAACAUGCCCAAGGCCUCCAUCGACGCCGCCAUCAAGAACGCGGAGAAGGCUAAGACCGGCACCCAGCACACGUACGAAGCCCGGGGACCGGGGGGCUUUGCGUUGCUCAUCGAGGUCCUGACCGACAACAACACUCGCACCAACCAGGAAAUCAAACACCUGCUGAAAACAAACGGGGGGGUGCUGUCGGACGGGGCCCGUCACACUUUUGACAGGAAAGGAGUGGUCGUGGCCGAGGCCGGAAGCGUCUCCCUCGAAGAGGCCCUGGAGCUGGCCAUCGAAGCGGGGGCAGAAGAUGUCCGGGAGAUGGAGGAAGAGGAGGAGAGGCCGAUGCUGCAGUUCAUCUGCAGCCAGGCAGAGUUGAGUUCUGUGAGGGCUUGGCUGGAGAGCCGAGGAGGAAUCCACAUUGUGUCUUCGGGACUGGAGUUCGUGUCCCACACACCGUUGCUGCUGGAGCGCAGUCAGCUGGAGGCGGCCUCCGUUCUGCUGGAGGCCCUGAACGACUGCCCUGACGUGCUGCGGGUGUGGGACAACAUCCAGGCUGAACAUUGAACACU